UUACCAUUUAUAAUCUUUGUUUAUAUUUAAGCUCUCACAGCUGAAUGGUAUAAAAAGGGUUUCAACGGUCUGUUUUCGGUUAUUUCAUCGACAUUUAACUAUCAUGGGAUCUGUGAGAGUCUUCACGUUUUUCCUGCUUGCCGCGCUGUUUGUCUACACGAUGGCUGCUGUGUUGCCUAGCAAAAAAACUACAACAACAAAAGCGCCACGAACGACAAAAACAACUACCACGAAAGCGCCACGAACGACGAAAACAACUACCACGAAAGCGCCACGAACGACGAAAACAACUACCACAAGAAAACCACCAACGACAAAAUCACCAACAACGACGAUCGCCCCACCUACAACAACAAAACGAACUAAUUGCGAGGGUCUAGCUAAUCCAGCCAAUGGAGACCCGUGCAUGCACUGCUGGUGCUUUGAAGGCGAAUACCAAUGUGCAAUGGCUGGUUGCCCAGCGCCUAUGUGUGUUGAUAGUGUGAGUAUGCCGGGAGUCUGUUGUCCUGUUUGUCCUAAUGGCAACAACUGUGAAAUAAACGGAGUGACGGUCCCUGCUAAUGAGACCUUCUUGAUUGAGGGCGUUGCCGAGUGUCAUUGCGUCUUUGACCAAGGUUAUGGCAUGCGCGCUGAUUGUAUUUCGGUCACCACCACACCCAUGACAACACCGGAGAUUUGUGACGAAAACCAGGGCAAUUCCGACCCUUGCUUCAAAUGCAUGUGUAUGAACAACGAGAAAAUGUGCUACUACAUCGACUGUGCACCUACCCAGUGUGUAGACGGCUACACCAAACCAGGGGAAUGCUGCACGACAUGUCCUAACGGUAGAAACUGCGCUGUAGAGGGGAGAAUUAUCCCCUACGGUAGCCAAGUUUAUGUUGAGGGUGUGGGUGAGUGUUAUUGCUUCAUGAACGAACAAGAAAACCGAUUGUUAGCUGUGUGUAUACCACCCACGCCACCGACAACUCCACUUACAACGCCACCAAUGCCGCCCUCAACCCCGCCAAUGCCGCCCUCUACGCCUGCGAAUUGUGAGAACCUGACCAACCCGGGGGCAGGAGACCCCUGCCAAUAUUGCUUCUGCUCUGAAGGGCGGUACGUGUGUUACAUAGCAGGAUGCCCUUCUAGGUGUGUUGACAACUACAAGAGACCAGGAGCGUGUUGCCCUGAUUGUCCUAACGAUUGGACUCCACCCCAACCCCCGACGUCCAUCCGGCCAUCUUACCCACCCCAACCCCCCACGUCCACCCUAGCACACGACGUCCCAUGGUACUAUACGACGCAGGCACCGAUUGAAUAUCCCGACGCCACCACCACUGCAGCUUAAACGGCAGCUGCACGUACCGCCAGAGAUGUCAAGAACUGGCCCAGGGCAGACCGCUACAUCUUUAAACUACACAACACCUGCCUCUAACAUCUAACUGUAGAACACAAAUAGGAUUUAUAUUUUUUCAGCGAAUGCUAUGAUAUGCAUUACAUUUCUAAAAUGAAAUUAUGUUUACGAUGUAAUCACAUCAAAUACCACUUGUAAAAAAAAAUAAUAAACAUAUUGUGUGAA